GGAGCAGUAGAUAAGGCAUCAAAGCACAGAUGGCAGCGGGGUGGUGAACGUGCUGCAGCUCCGUGAUGCACCACGGCGUUUUAUGUUAACCAGGGGGACCGCAUGUGGCACUUCGCUAUCUCCGUCUUCCUGAUCGAGCUGUACGGACGCAACCUGCUGCUGACUGCGGUCUUCGGCCUGGUGGUGGCCGGCUCGGUGCUCCUGCUGGGGGCCCUGAUUGGAGACUGGGUCGAUCGCAACCCCCGGAAUAAAGUUGCACAUGCGUCUCUUUUCAUUCAGAACAUCUCGGUGACGGUGUGCAGCAUCGUGCUCAUGUUGGUGUUCUCGUACAAGCAAAGGAUCGAGCAGAUCUGGGACGGGUGGCUUACUGUGGUUUGUUAUACGGUGGUGAUCAUCCUGGCAGAUGUGGCAAACCUCGCAAGCACAGCGCUGACCAUCGCCAUACAGAGGGACUGGAUUGUGGUCAUCACAGGCUACAACCGGGGUCACCUGGCCGGUGAGGAUUGCAUUCCAGGGUGGGGUCAUGGGUCGUGGUGGAGCGGCUCAUUAACCUCUGUGUCUCUCAUCCGCACAAAAGGAAUGAAUGCCACCAUGAGGCGCAUAGAUCAGGUGACGAACAUCCUGGCCCCACUGGCGGUGGGGCAGGUCAUGACCUUGGCCUCCAACGUAGUUGGGUGUGGCUUCAUCCUGGGCUGGAACCUCGUGUCUCUUAUUGUGGAGUUCUUCUUUUUGUCACGGGUCUAUCGCAUCGUCCCGGCCCUUUCGGUCAAGCCGCCGGCCGUGGAGGUGGAUCAGGUGUAUCUGCAGAGGAUGGAGAGGAGACACUCGGUCGAAGAGAACGUCGAGCAACCUCAGCCUCUGACGGAAGGAAACUGUCACGCCAGCCUGCAUCUGAAAGAAAUCACCAACCUGCCGCUGUGUUUCCGGAAGUUCCGCUGGCUGGUGAGCACCUGUAAGGACGGCUGGAGGGCCUACUACCGGCAGCCGGUCUUCCUGGCAGGAAUGGGCCUGGCCUUCCUCUACACCACAGUGCUGGGCUUCGACUGCAUCACCACUGGCUACGCCUAUACUCAGGGAAUAAGCGGCUCGCUCCUUAGUUUGCUCAUGGGCGUGUCGGCGAUCACCGGGCUCAUGGGCACCGUGAUGUUCACCAGACUCAGGAAGACGUACGGCCUGGUCAACACAGGCAUCAUCUCCAGCUGCCUCCACCUGGGCUGCUUGCUGCUGUGUGUGUGCUCUGUCUUUGCCCCCGGGAGCCCUAUGGAUCUCAGCCUGUUGAUGCCCUACAUCACCUUCAACUCCUCCGUUGAGUUUGGCGGGAUGGCCAGCCAAAGGCAAAAACACACCAAUCCCCUGAGGGGAGGCAGCAACCAGCCGCUGCUGCCGGACCGCUCCUCCAUUCACUGGACCAAUAACACCGUGCUUUUUGACAACGUGCCCUCUGGCACAGCACCAGAGUCUUACAUCUCCAUUAUCCUGCUGUUUCUAGGCGUUAUCACAGCACGAAUAGGUGAGCGAACCAAGAGCACAUAUGUGUUAACAUGCAUGAAAUAUUUAGCAUUUGUUCUAACAGGUCGCUUGUGUUGCAGGCCUCUGGUCCUUCGACCUGACCGUGACCCAGCUUCUGCAGGAGAACAUCUGCGAGUCGGAGAGGGGCGUGGUCAACGGUGUGCAAAGCUCCAUGAACUACCUGAUGGACCUGCUCCACUUCAUCAUGGUGAUCUCCGCUCCGCAGCCGCAGCACUUCGGCAUCCUGGUCAUCAUCUCGGUCCUGUUCAUCACCACCGGACACACCAUGUACUUCCUGUACGCGCACAAAGCCAAGAAAAAACACCGCCUCGACACAUAAGGAGCGAACGCGGCCCACACCUCCAGGCGUGAGACGCUCACCAGCACCGACUCCACUCUGCACCUGUGAAAUGAAUGUCUCCCUCCCUCCCGUUCCUCUCACUCCACUCCCGAUUUAGCCAUUCAUUUCAGCACCACACAGCAAGCGCCUGUCCCACCUCUGCCGCUUUCCAGAACUCAGGUCAAGUAGAGUGGGAGACACGACCUCUCGUCAUCUACACAUGUUGAGGUGGCUACAGUAAAUGCAGCAAGGAUGCCUUCAGGGGAAGUGUCCACAUCCAAGGUCCAACAGGACACCAAGGUAACUGCUCAGGCACCAGCACGUGCCUUUGCACACGCCGUAGGAUUACUGCAAGACCUUCAUCAAACAAGCCGGUAAUAGACAUAGCUUUUUGGACAGGAGGGUGGAUGGAAGGAAACAUGUUUAAGACUUUACUCAGUGACGAACUGGUGUUGUGAGGAAAACUUAUGUGAUGCGUGAAAUUACAAAAAAAAAAGACAACAGUAUUUUGACAAGUGGCAUUGAUGUGACUGAUCCGUCCACUUGGAAAUAUUCCAGGAUGUCCAAAAAGGAACAUAAAGGGAACUGGAUGUGAGACUGUUUGAUUAAAAACUAAAUCAGAAAGGCAGCCCCUUUAAUGGACAGAAGUACUUCCUUCCCCUGGUUUGUUUCUCUGUGGAUGAAUCAAGCCAACACUUGCCUUUCUUGUGUGUAUGUAAACCUGGCUUAUGGACAACAACAGCAAAACCAUUUCCAAUCUUCAGUACAGACUAUUUUAUUCUAUUUGCUUGUGUAUUUUGAUAAAUAAAACUAAUUUCUUAUCUUCCCAUAUAAAGUGUGAGAUUAAUAGUUUUUUUUAGAAAUCCAAGAGGAAACCAAUCUUCACUUUGUAACAUGUUUGCCAUUGUUAACUACAUACGAAUGUUGAUAUUGUAUUACACGCUGCUUUAUUCUUUUACAGUUCAGAUGAACUAAACAUUACCUUACCUCAACUAAGUAGGAGACUCAUGGGAAUGGGACUUGAGAACUACCCUCAGCUGCUCUAUGUUUUCAAAUCUCCUUCAUGUACAGUGGAAACAACAAUGGUUAACUUUUUUGUCAUACAACCAGCAACACAUGAAUAUAUUUGUAUGAUCUUCCUGUGAAAUUUGAUUAUUGUAUGUUGUCUUAAUUCUUCUCAGACUGACAACUGUGAUAAUAAAGAUGACUGAAGAGGCUCUUUCCCUAGUUCCUUGCAAACAUAAUAAUACCAACAAAUAUAAAGAAAUGUGUCAAAUAA